UUUGAACAAAAUCUUAUGCAUGGGAAAGGUUUACUGGAAUGGAAUAAUGUUUGUUGGUACGAGGGUGAUUUUAUAAAUGGUUAUCGACAUGGUAGAGGAAUGAUGGUGGAUGGAGAAAAUCGUUACAUGUACACUGGUCAGUGGUAUAAGGGCUUAAGACAUGGUAAAGGUUAUGCUCGUUAUGAUGAUAAUGGUUCAUACGAUGGAGAUUGGGUAAUGGACAAGAUGAAUGGGAUUGGAUUACGGAUUUAUCCAAGCGGUGCUCGUUACGUGGGUCAAUGGAAAAAUGGAAUUCGUGAUGGUAUCGGGACUAUGGUCUGGACCAAUGGAAAUUUUUAUCGUGGAGAAUGGAAAUGUGGUUCAAUGCACGGUUAUGGAGAAUAUGUAUGGAAUGGAUUCUUCAACAGAACUUUUACUUGGCCACAAGAAGCAUCUUACACAGGCUAUUGGCGUCAUGGAUUGCGCCAUGGCAAAGGAGAUAUGAAAUUUAAUUCUGUCGGUGGAGCAAAGUAUUCUGGAUAUUGGGAGGAUAAUAAGAAACAUGGUUAUGGAAUUAUAAUUGAUAUUGUUAUAAAUGAAGUUAUAAAUGAAGAAAAUGAUUUUCCACAAGGACAGCUUUUUAAUUCUGAUGUAAUAGAUAUGACAAAAUCUGAAUGGAAUUAUGAAGAAUGCUGGAUAUACAAAUGUUUAAUGAUUCAUAUCCUUCGUUUACGUCAAAUUUAUAAUGAUUAUGCCAAAUUAUUUGCAAAGCCAGCACCAAAAUGUAAUCUUGUAAUGAGCAGACUAUGUUUAUGGCAAUUAUGGAGAGAUUGUAAUAUUCAAAAAAAAAUUUCUCUCUCCACAAUCGAUAAACAUAUAGCAAAAAAUAAAAAUACAAUAGUGAAAGAUCCCCACUAUCCAUUUGAAAAGAUUGAAAUCUGGCAAUUUUUACAUGCGUUAUUAGAAGUAUCUUGGCACUUGUAUACAAAAUAUAAUAAUGUAGAAGUCGGAGAAAUGAAUGGAAAACUUGCUAAUGGUUUGCACAAAUUUUUGAAAAAUGAUAUAUAUCCUCAUGUUGGAAAUCAUGUUGGUACUUUAUGCAAUGAGAAUAAGGAUAUAUUACCUAUGAAUUGUGUUUUUAAAUUGUAUCAACAAAUUGGAUAUCCACCUUCUGCAAGAGAUUUACUUCAAUCAACAUGCAUCUUGAUAUAUGCAAAAGAUUCACGAUUGUUUGCCACGACCACUGAAACUAUGAAAAUAUUUCCGGAGGGAAUUAAUUCUGUGACAAUAGGUGAAAAAAUUAGUUAUUUACUAAAACUUAAUGAAAUGUUUACAUUACAUAAUUAUACAACUGAUAUAUCAAAGAAAAAUGAAAAUAAUCUAAUUAACAAAUUGUUGAUCUUUAGUCAGCUAGGAGCUAUAAAAAUGGUAGAAGUCAUGACACUAAUAUGUCCUGGAAUAAAAGAUACAAAUACUGGCAUAAUUAUAAAUAUGGAUUAUAAGCUGACAUUUCUUGAAUUUUAUGAAAUAAUACUAGAGGCAACGAAGGAAUUAUUCUUUUUAAAAAAUAAAUCUGAAAAAUUAUUACAAACGAAAAUUGAGAAGGAAAUCAAGUCAGUAGAAAUCAAUAAUUUAUAAAAAGAAAAAAGCUCUUGAAUUAAUGAACUUUUUUGAUUCAAAAUCAUUUUCCGAAU